UUUGAAUCAUCGGCCCUGAGAGCAGAACAGACCAGGACGGUGUUUACUGAGAGAAAAGUUGCAGUAGGCACAGAGGUAAAGAUCAGACGAGAGAAGAGGCAAAGGGAUACGUCUUGUCUUUUGUUUUUUUGAGAGAGUGAUCCAAACAUCAAGCUGGCGGCAGAUGAGACCAAGAGCUUGGAGGAGGAGGGAGAGGCCGCCGGAGGCCGGGACAGCCCAGCGGACAAGGAGUCACACGGAAAGCUGGUGCGCGUUGAGCUGUUGUGGGACAUCCCCAUGUCAGUGAUGCUGCCCGUGCAGGUGGAACUGGACCCCGCACACCAACCCUUCCCCUUCCUGGACACAACACUGGCCGACCUGGGCAUCGAGGAGUCAGAGGUGAAGGAGAGGACGGUGUGGGUCGACACCAAGAAGACGCAGGUGAAGAACAAAGCAGGGAAGCUGAAGGAGAAGGAGAUCACCAUCCUGGAGGUGCGAGUGAAAGCCCAGAAGCCCGGAGAGAAAGAGCUCCAGGAGGUGUUGUACAGCACUGAGGCCCACACUGACCGCUCCUUCUGUCGCACCGGAAUGAACAUCAUGCCCUGGAAACAGAGAUACACAGGGGAGAGUGGAGCGACGGCCGUGCAGAUGACGAUGGCACUGGACGUGGAAAACGAGCAGCCGGACUCGACUAAGACAGACGGACAACGGGAUAUCUGAAGAGAAGCAGUGUUUCGAUAUAAAUUACAGAGCUGCACAUUUGCUUCAUCUUUAGAAAGAGGUCAACAUAGUUGUUUAACUAAUCCAUUGCAGAGUUUGCAUUUGUUUAAAGGAUCCAAAGUGCCGUCAGUUUCUCGUUCUACAUUAGGUUGAAUGUCUAAGUUUUAAAUCUGCCCGAAUUGAAAGAUUGUGUCAAAUGUUUUGCUAAAUUGCUGCAUUUGUAAAAAGAAAAAUCAUCUGUUACACUUGUCGAAUGCGUGACAGGAAACUUUUGUAUAGUUUUGUGUGUAAAGAAUCAUCACCUCGCAAUUGCAUGGAUCCACCGGUCAAUCAAGUCUGUCCAGCUCAGGAUAUACAUGUAUGUCGUGUUCAUGUGUUUGGCAAAUAAAGCUGAUUCUGAUGGAAUCAUAACAGAGGAUGAGACUUCAAA